AUGGGGCUGGUGAGCAGCAGUAAUGGCAGUGAGCUGGCUGGCUUUCUCCUGCUGGGCUUUGCCGACCACCCCCGGCUGCAGAAGGUCCUCUUCCCUGUCACUCUGGCCUUGUAUUUGCUCACUCUCCUGGGCAACGCUGCCAUCGUGCUGGUAUUCCACCUUGAUUCAAAGCUUCACACGCCCAUGUACUUCUUCCUCACCCACCUGUCCAUGCUGGACCUCUGCUUCUCCAGCAGUGUAGUGCCCCAGCUGCUGGUCAGCCUGCAUGAUCCUCUGAGAGCUAUCACCUAUGGGGGCUGUGUGGUCCAGCUCUAUGUGUCCCUGGCCCUGGGGUCCACGGAGUGUGUUCUGCUGGUGGUGAUGUCCUAUGACCGCUAUGUGGCCGUCUGCCGCCCACUGCACUAUGCUGUCAUCAUGUGUCCCCGGCUCUGCCGCCUUCUGGCGUCCCUGGCCUGGCUCAGCGGGGUGGCCACCACCCUGAUCCAGUCCACCCUCACCCUGCAACUACCCUUCUGUGGGCAUCGCCAAGUGGACCAUUUCAUCUGUGAAGUUCCUGCGCUCAUCAAGCUGGCCUGUGUGGACACCACAUUUAACGAGGCAGAGCUCUUCGUGGCCAGUGUCCUCUUCCUCGUGGUGCCCGUGGCACUCAUCCUGGUCUCCUAUGGCUGCAUCGCCAGGGCGGUGCUGAAGAUCCGGUCAGCCAUGGGCCGACGGAAAGCCUUGGGCACCUGCUCUUCACACCUGCUGGUGGUGGUCGUCUUCUACGGCACCAUCAUCUUCAUGUACCUGCAGCCAGCCCAGAGCAGGUCCCAGGACCAGGGCAAGUUCGUGUCCCUCUUCUACACAGUGGUGACGCCCGUGCUCAACCCACUCAUCUACACCCUGCGGAACACAGAGGUGAAGGGGGCACUGAAGGCACUUCUUGGCAAGGUUUCGGGAGUGUUCACAUGACUGUCAGUGUAAUGAUCAUCUCCCUGUGGCAAAAGCAGGCUUUGCUGGCAGACUUUUGGGUCAAUGUCACUUGGUUCGAUACUUACCCAUAGCUCUUGCGUGUAUGAACCGCUGCAGGACACUUCCCUGACCUCAGCUCUGCUGUGACCGGGAACAAAGUGAGGUGUGUCACGCAGUCAGUGUACCCACUGUGGGUUUUUCUAAACACAGGACAUGCUGAGCCUGACCAAGCC